GAAAAGACUUUUUAAUCCUGGUGAGAGUUUAUGAUUGAUGUGAUGGACUAAAUAAACGAAUGAGCAAAGUAAAAAUUAAUAGAGCAAUGCAGAUAGAGAGCAAAUUGAUCAGUCAUCAAUGCUGAAGCAGUGAGCUGAAAGGUAUUAUAAACACAUUUAAGUUGAUGUGACAAUUUUGUGAUCAGUGAACUUUACCAGUAAGCAAUGUUGUGAUAACUGGAACUAAUCAGUGAGCAAAACGAAUAUGCAUAAACGAACUUAAGCAAGAGGCAAUUUCGUGUUAAACUAAGCUGGGCCUAAGCAAUGGCAAUAAGCAGAACUGACCAGUGAGGCAUGAGCAGAGCUGUUAUAAGCGAAACUACCUAGUAUGCAACGCUGUGAUGAGCGGACUUAACCAACGAGCAAAACUGUGAUAAGCAAAACUGGUGCUGCUGAACUGCUUAAGUCAAAAAUGGUGUAAACAUUCGCGAUGGACAGCCACGAGUCCAGGAGUUCCCGGGCCAGCGACUCGCCCGGGGACACCAUGAACGACGUCUAUGCUGCCUGGCAUGAGAUGCUAGAGGGCGAGGGGUCGGGGCUGGCGGCGCGCGUGGGCGAGCUGGAGGCGCGAUGCUCGCGGCAGGCCGAGGAGCUGCUGUGUCUGCGCUCCACGCUGGCUGACGUCCUGCGCCGCCUCAACGCGUUGGAGGGCCGACCGCCGCCGCCCGCGCAGCGCAACGGCACCUAUACAGCUACCUCCAGCACACCAACACGCGAGCUGCGACUGCGGCAGCCGUCGUAUCGGGAGACGGUCAAACGCACCUCCAGCUAUGGCUCAAACACCUCCACUCUGCAACAGAGACGCGGGCCGCAGCACCAGUCAACAGGCUCCCUGCAGUCGGACUCGCCGGCGUCGUCGUCGUCGCUGUCGCCGGCGCCCUCCCCCUCCCCGCGCGCCACCCCCGCGCCCCUCCACGUCACGCCCUACAGAUCCCGCAACAAUUCCACGUCCAGCCAGACACAGCAGACCACCCUCACGAAGCGGUGGAACUCCACGGGAGACUUCAACGCCCAGGGCCUGCUGCCUAACACCAGGUUCACGACAACCAAGUCCUUGCUAAAUCUGUACUCUAAGUCGUCACAAAACGGAUCCAUAUUGAAACAUGGCACCCACACCUGUCAAUACAACGAGGAUGACGGCUCCAUCCGCAUGUACCUGCGAGGACGGCCGGUGGUGCUGCACGGGCCGGAGGGCGAUGCGCCCGACCUCACCAAGGUGGCCCCCCCUCCACAGGCGAAGCUCAAGUUGGAGUGGGUUUAUGGGUACAGGGGCAAGGACUGUCGCAGCAACAUCUACCUGCUGCCGACUGGCGAGAUAGUCUACUUCGUCGCCGGCGUCGUGGUCCUCUUCAACGUGGAGGAGCAGUGCCAGCGCCACUACACCGGCCACACUGACGACGUCAAGUGUCUGGCGGUGCAUCCCAACAAGCUGGUGGUGGCGAGCGGCCAGUGCGCGGGACACGACCGGGUGGACGCCAGGCCCCACAUCAGAGUGUGGAACUCCGUAUCCCUGGCCACACUCGCAGUGUUAGGCGCUGGGUCGGUGGAACGCGGGGUGGCAGCGCUGUCCUUCUCGCGGGCUGACGGGGGCGCGUUACUGGCUGCUGUUGAUGAUGGACCCGACCACACCAUCACCGUGUGGGACUGGCAGAGACCGGAGAGGAAUUGUCUGGCUGAGACUAAGUGUUCAGUCGACACGGUGGUAGCGGUAGAAUUCCACCCACUAGACAAGAACCAGAUAGUCACUUGCGGGAAGAACCACAUCGCGUUCUGGACAUUAGACGCUGCGAACGUGCUAUAUAAGAGGAUGGGUGUGUUUGAGUCCCGGGAUAAGCCCAAAUAUGUCACGUGUUUGGGUUUUAACCAGAAUGGUGAUGUUCUCUCCGGUGACUCCAACGGCAACAUAAUCGUAUGGGGCCGCGGCACCAACACCAUCGCCAAGCUGGUGCGCGGCGUGCACUCCGGCGCGGUGUUCUCGCUGUGCGCGCUCAAAGACGGCGGCGUCGUCACCGCCGGCGGCAAAGACGGCCGCGUCGUGCUGUUCGACGGCGAUAUGAACGCCACCGGCACCGAGAACGUCAUCGAAGGGCACUACGGCGGCGUGCGGGUGGUCGCGGAGGGUCGAGGGAGUCAGCUGUACAUCGGCACCACCAAGAACUGUAUACUGCACGGUGACCUGGAGCUUGGGUUCGCGCCUGCUGUGCUUGGCCACGUGGACGAAGUGUGGGGCUUGGCGGCGCACCCGAGCCUGCCGCAGUUCGUGUCGGCGGGCUGGGACCGUCUGCUGCAGCUGUGGGACGGCCUCAGCCACUCCACCGUGUGGAGCAAGGAUAUUGAGGAGCGGGCGCAGUGCUGCGCGUGGUCGCCCGACGGUGACGCGGUGGCGGUGGGCUGCCUGUCGGGCCGCUGGCUCGUGUUCGACCCCCACUCGCGGGAUCUGAUCGCUCAGCAUCAGGACGGGUCGGAGCCGAUCCAAUGCAUCGUAUACUCGCCCGACGGUCUGCGCGUGGCGCUCGGCUCGCGGGACAACUACGUCUACGUGUACCAGGUCGACGGCGCACGGUAUUCGCGCGUCGGCAAAUGUCCCGGUCACUCGAGCUACAUAACGCACGUGGACUGGUCUGAGGACAGUCAGUACCUGCGGACCAACUCUGGGGAUUAUGAGCUGUUAUAUUGGAACGCGACCACCUGCCGUCAGAUCCCGUCCGCGAGUUCCAUGCGCGACGUGGUGUGGGCGAGCAACAACUGCCCCGUCACAUACACCACCGUCGGCGUGUGGCCGGAGGGCGCCGACGGCACCGACGUCAACUCCUGCACCAGGUCCCCGGACAGUAAACUUAUAGCGACGGGCGACGACUUCGGCAAGGUCAAACUGUACGCCUACCCCGUCACGCAGCCUAAGUCCUUAUGCCACGCAUACGGCGGCCACUCGUCCCACGUAACCGCAGUCCGGUUCCUGCCGGACGGCUCGCGCCUGCUCAGCGCCGGCGGAAACGAUACCGCGCUCAUGCAGUGGACCAUCGACUAGAGAGGACACUGAUUGUCUGUGGCUCACAGACCAUAGACACGCAUACUAUCAGAUACUAUCGACUAGAGAGGACCACAGACAAGUAACAGACCAUACUUGAGCGGUUACACGCUCAGUUUCUCAUCAAUCUGAUCCAUCAAUCUAGUGAAGAUUAGAUCUAGACGCGAAACUGAACGUGUAACCCACGGAUUGGUGGACCGCUAUCUUUUAAAUUAUGUUCUUUUUAGCCAUCAAUCUGGCGUCAAUCUCAGAUUGAUGGACUGAGCUGAUGCCAGAUUGAGCGUGUAACAUACUUCACAGGGAAGGCAUACAGCAAGCCAACUACAAUAGACAUAUUAAAAAAUCAGCUAGGCUUGCCGCUAGAGAAAGGCUUUCUUUCUACGGAACAUCGAAUAGAGGGUCGGAAGAGGCAACCCACAAACCAUACACAUAAUAUGAACCACGGACCAGCGAUAAGACUAAAAAAAUAUAUUAUGUUAAAAGACUCGCUAAAACCUAUCUAAGAAGUGAUUGUUAAAUGUGGUCUAUAAUAAUUUUACCUCGAACGGUUUUAUUGGCAAAAGACCUCUAAUACUACCAGAUGCAUUACGCAUUUAAUCAAAUGAGAACAUACAAUAUGAUACAUGAAACACUUUAUUUUUUAUUGAUAAGCAAGUUUUUAAUUAUUUAUUUACACUAAGUUUACACUUGUUUGGUUAAAUGCGUUUUUUAAAAUCGAUUUUAGAAAGCGUUAUUUUUAAGUACAAAUUAGUACAAUUUACACGAAUAGUUUGAACUGUUUUAUGCACGUUGCAGUUGUGUUUGAAAUGCUGUAACAUUUUUGAUAAGGCUUUGAAAUUAUGUGAUAUGUGUUCGGCCAUUUUUACACCGCAUUUUAGCGCUCGCUUAUAUCUGAACGCUUUUUAUUAUAAGAUUUCGUACCUAUUUUAAUUAGGUGUUUUAGGUAUCUGCUAAAGUAUUUAGACUCUAGAGGCUUCCUAUGAGCUUCCCUAAAUUUAUAAAUUGGUAACACUGUUUAAAAAUAAAUUGGAAUCAAAAAAUUCUAAUCUGAGAUUAAUAUAGGAUACAAAAUGUGUAAGAUUUCGCAAACUAUUAAUAACAAAAUGGAACUGUGUAAAAGUAUAUAAUCUCAAAUAUAAUAAUUAUAUAAUCAGGUAUACAGGUGCUAUAUUAGAUGUCCUAUUCGCUGUAACUUAAUGAUGAAAUUUCUAAACAUUAAAAAUAGCGCACAGGCAGGAUAAGCACCCGUCCUUCGCAUAGCUCUUUUCUUGUUACUAUAGGUUUUCUUAAUAUUCUUGCAAGUUCCACAUCCGUAAAUGCGAACUACCCUUUUACCUUAAAGUAUUCGUUAUAAGUUAUCUAAGAUACAUUACCUCAGCCACCUCGAAUACUAUCUAAUAAUGAAUACUAUCAUUGAGUUACAGUAUGUCCAUAAUUCUGAUCAAUAAUCUUAUAAUACAAUUUUGAUACCGUCUUGCAGCCCCGGUAUAAUAAAAUGCAUUUUUAUGAUACCAUCUGUCGUUUGACGUACAUUUUAUAUCGUUGUUUCAAAUGAACGAGACUGCAUCUAAGCUGUAUUACUGUUGAAUUAAAAAGAUCAGAAUUUACUAUCUUAUCAUAGCAACAUUAAUUUCUUAUAAGAUCAAAAUCCGUCGGCAAAGUACUGCUAAACAUAAGCUUAUUUUUGUGUUGUUUUACAAAUUAGUUGAAUAUUUUAAGCGUAUUUAUAUUAAUGUUUUAGCUAUUUUAUAAUUUGUAUAAAAUUCUGGAGCCUAGCUUUUUAAGUUUUAUAAUAAAGAAUAAGAAUUUAUUUUUGUAAGUUAGUGAAUGCUAAGUUGAUAUUAUUAUUUGAUGUGGCAACAUUCCUUAGUUACGGUAUUUCGUUUGUAACCUAGUCAGAGAUCACUCGGUAUUAAUGUUCUAACUGUCGUAGUAACACUUUGUAUAUAUUGUAAUAUGAUGGCUCUGUCCGUCUUUUGAAUGUGCCUCUAAUAAAAUAUGUUUUAAUUUGAA